GGUAAUUUGAAGACUUUCUCGCAAUAAGUCAACACGGCUUCGAGCUGAGAAAAGAAGACCAUAGAAAAAGUCAUAGCGGUUGGCAGAAAAAAAAAAAACAAAUAAAAAAUCGUUUAAACAUAUUCCCGCUGAGUGUGUCCUCAUUUUCGCUUUCAGUUUCUGCAUUUUUUACUGUUUUCGAUUUUUUAAAAAUGCGGGCCGAUUUAAUAUAUACAGCAGUUUUACUGGCAAUUUGUGUUACGGCCACUACAGCCAAAACCGGUUAUGGACCAGGUGAGCAAGAUUGGGGAUUCGUUGAUGUACGCACUGGCGCACAUAUGUUCUAUUGGCUGUACUACACCACGGCCAAUGUGUCGAGCUAUACUGACCGCCCCUUGGCAAUUUGGUUGCAAGGUGGCCCAGGUGCUUCUUCUACUGGUUAUGGAAAUUUCGAGGAAUUAGGACCACUCGACCUCUAUGGCAAUUAUCGUAAUCAUACUUGGGUUAAAGAUAUGAAUGUGCUCUUCAUUGAUAAUCCUGUUGGUAGUGGUUAUAGUUAUGUUGAUAGCAUACGCUAUUUAACUAAGAAUAACAAUGAGAUUGCUUUGGAUUUGGUGAGCUUAAUGAAGGGAUUUUACAAAAACCAUCCUGAAUUCGAAACGGUGCCUUUGCAUAUAUUCUGCGAAAGCUAUGGUGGUAAAAUGGCACCUGAAUUCGCUUUGGAAUUGUAUUAUGCCAUUCAACGUGGAGAAAUACGUAGCAAUUUGACAUCAGUUGUAUUGGGUGAUCCAUGGACUUCACCAAUUGAUUCAGUUUUGGCUUGGGCGCCAUUGUUGUUGCAAAUGGGCAUCGUGGAUCAAGAUGGUUAUGAGAAUAUCUCUGCGGCGGCCAAUAAAACUGAACGUUUAGUCAAAGAAGAAAAAUGGACUCAGGCAACCAACCAAUGGGGUACGACACAAAGUGUUCUUUUACGUGAAUCUAAAGGUGUAGACUUUUACAAUAUUGAGACACCAACUAAUGGCGACAUAUAUUCGAAAUUUUUAAGGAGUAAUAAUGUUGCGGAGCUGAUGUACCGUACGUUGGUGCAAUUUGAUAUUGAUGAGGAUCGUGAUCAGAUUUUGCAAGACUUGAUGCGUGGUCCAGUUCAUGAAGCUCUAAAUAUUUCUUCGAAAGUAAAAUGGGGCUCUUAUAGUGGUGUAACGUUUAGCAGAUUAGGUGGAGAUUUCAUGAAGCCAGUUAUAAAUAUUGUUGAAGAACUUUUGGAUAAAACCGAUUUGAAAGUGGGUGUCUUAUCUGGCCAAUUGGAUUUGAUUUGUGCUACGCCGGGCACUGUUAACUGGAUUGAAAAGAUGCAAUGGAGUUAUAAAUCUCAAUAUGAAGCCGCACCACGCGUUGGCAUUAGUGUCAAUCGCAUUUUGGAGGGUUAUGAAAAGAGCGCUGGUAAUUUCACUAUGUUUUGGGUCAACCGGGCUGGACAUAUGGUGCCUGCUGAUAAUCCCGCUGGCAUGGGACAUAUCUUAAGGAGAUUUACCAAUUUCGGUUGAUGAAAAAUGCUAUAGAAAAGCAAAAUGUGAUCAAUACAAUUAUACCAAAUCACAAAUCGGCAAAUAAAAUGAUUACUAAA